CCUGUUUGUUCGAGAUGAAGUUAUUCAGUCACAGAUCUCAGUUGAGUGGUGGACUUACUAGUUGAGGGCUACUUACAACAUACUCUGUUUAAUUGCACGUUUAGUCUGGUCGACUUUUCCUUAACACACAAUAUGCUUCAGAAUUUGUUUGGACUUCUUUAUCUGUCUGCAGUUUUGCAGUUUGUCAGUCUCACAGGUGCACACAAUGAAUGCCCUAUCCAGCUCAAUCCACAGAGUGUCAUAGUGAAGUACAACAGUUCUGUUUCAGUUAACUGUAGCACUAAUGUCCCUCAUGGUGGGAUGGGAUGGGAAGCCACUGAGGGAAGUGUACCCAUGACCAAUGACAGUCUGAUCACCUGGAACAUACAACACCUGAGACAAUGGGACAUAGAGCCAAUCUGCUACAUCAACUAUAAUAAUGGAUCACAAUGUGAAUCACGUCUCCCAAUCACUAUUUACAAGACUAUAGAUAAUAUGUCCAUCAGCACAGUGGAUCACACAGGACCAAUGAUUGAGGGCAAACAGUAUAAGCUCCAGUGUGACAUUCAGAAUGUGGCUCCGGUUAAUAAUCUCACUGUGAAAUGGUUCAAAGGACGGUCUCUGGUGAAUUUCACCACCUUCAAUGACAAAACCAAGACUCCAGUGAAUGAAUCUGCAACACUCUUGAUCACUGCAAACAGAACUGAUGAUGGAGUUCAGUACAGGUGUGAAGCAGAACUGGAACUGGAAACAGAAGAAAGUGUAAUGAUGGCAAAACUUCUCUACAGUCAUGUAAACUAUAAACCAAAACACUCCAGUUCAUUGGAGAUCAUCAGUACAAAUGGCAAAGAGGUCUCACUCAAUUGUACAGUGGUGGCAAACCCGGCUCCUACGUACACUUGGCACUCCAAACAUUUGCAAGAGAAGAUUACCUCGUCAGUGCUCACAUCCUCUACACUUACUCCAGGCAACUACACGUGCACUGCCACAAACUUUCUAGGAGAAUCCAGCAAAGUGUUCAUAAAAUCUUCAGGUUCUCAGACCACAUUCUGGGCUAUUCAUAUAUCCUUCCAAUUACUGGUUGCAUUAUGGAAUGUCAUUUAAGGGAGAUAAAAGGAAAUGUUCCUGGUACUUCAUUCUAAUUUUCUUUUUCCUUUAUUUUGCUGAGAAAUAAUUUUCUGGGAAUGCUAAACUGUUGUGAUUUAUUCUGUGCAUUACUGACUUGAUAUGCAUGCUUUUUUAUUUUUUAAUUUUGGCUGAGGCAGAUGUGGAGAAAGAGUGUUAAGGGUAUUGGGAACUAGGGCUGGGUAUUGAUACAGAUUUCCUGAUUCAAUAUCAAUACAAUAUCGAUUCAUAUGGGUAUAUUUCAGUUACAAUGUCCAUUUUGCUGACAUAUUAAAGAAAUUCUCUCUCAGCUAAUCCUGUCAAUUUAUACUGGGGACCUUCUUACUGGGUACAUUAUGAAAUGAUAAAUUUUACACAUUUUAUUCUCAUCAUUUUGGUCACAUUUUAGCUUUUUAAAAAUGCACAAAUUACAUGUUUUCCAUCAAUAAAUAUGAUUUCUUCAUAAUAUAUAUGUUAAAUUGCAGAUGUUAUAUUGCAUAUAUAUAUAUAUAUAUAUAUAUAUAUAUACACAACACACACACACACACACACACACACACACACACACAGUACAUGUUUAUUGUUUAUGUCUGCAUAAUCUUAGCAACUGAAACCUUUUGAAUUUGACACUGAAUUUUUACUCUAUGUGAAUUCAAGCAAGUAAGCAAUGUAAGCAAGGGUGAUGAUGUGUAAUAAAUUUUUUAUUUGGCA